AUGAACUCGGCCUCGCUGAUCCUCCUCUCCUCUUGUCCGUCUGGCUACCAAAUCCAAAGCUGGUGCGUGAAAUUCGAGCGC